AUGUCUUUUAGAAAGAUCGACAUCGAUGCCUAUGACGAGGAUGUCCUACUAGAGAGCGAACUUUGCGAACCAGAUCCACGCGAUCCCGCUCAGGUCUUGAGCGAUGCGAAACAGAAGCAGGCAGCAGUCCGGAGCUCAUUAGCCAAGGGAGACAUACCAGGGGCCCUGGGCAUCGCGCUGGACAGCACACCUUACGGGCCAAACGUCGAGGAUGCUAAGAACCUGACAUUGCAGACUGUUGUUUCGAUAUUGAAUAGCACGAAAUCGUCAGAGAUAAACAAUGUCGUGAAAGCGCUCUCUCAGGAUGCUCAGGACACUUUGAUGAAGUACCUUUACAAGGGUAUGGGGAUGCCAGGCUGGGGUGAUGUGAGUGGAAGCGUGCUCUUGGGGUGGCAUGAAAAGCUGACGGAAGUUGCUGGCACUGGCUGUAUUGUACGAGUAAUGACUGAUCGAAGAACUGUAUGA